UCCAAGUCCUACAUGCAAUCAAAUAACCAUCCACAGAAUGCUAGCCUUUGCCUUGCUUGACUCUAUUUUUCAUGUCUCACACUAAAUUAGUGAGAAAUAUAGGAUUCUAAAACUAAAUUACCAGAGACUGUUAAUUCUUCAAAGAGUGUGAGGGCAUUUCUAAUUGGCGGGAGAAACACCUAAGAAGCAAAAUCCAGAUGUUUUCUGCAACCCUGCUGCUGUCCGUGGCUUUGCUUUCCACUGCCCUGGCUGGACCAUGGGUUAAUAUAUGUGCUGGCACAUCUUCCAACCAGAUCCGGACAUGUGACAGCUAUGGCUGUGGACAGUACUCUGCUCAAAGAAAUCAGAGGCAUCACCUGGGUGUGGAUGUCCUGUGCUCAGAUGGAUCUGUUGUGUACGCACCAUUCACUGGGAUGAUAGUAGGCCAGGAGAAACCCUACAAAAAUAAAAACGCCAUCAAUAAUGGUGUUCGGCUAUCUGGAAGAGGUUUUUGUGUCAAAAUUUUCUACAUUAAACCAAUCAAGUAUAAAGGUUCUAUCAAGAAGGGAGAGAAACUGGGCACCCUGCUGCCCUUGCAGAAAGUUUACCCUGGCAUACAGUCACACGUGCACAUUGAAAGCUGUGACUCGAGUGAUCCUACUGCAUACCUGUAAGCAGACAAGGACAGACCUUGUACAUACAAAGCCAUCUUAGAAACCCGGACCCAACCCUGCUCCUGAAGAAGUGUGUGUUCAAACAGAAACAUGGUAAACACAAGAAAAACAGAAUCUUGAUUCCAACUCACUGUCACUUUGAUUCAUGGGUGUAAACUAUUUUCUUGGGGUUCUCUGAUCUUUCUGUCAGAACCAGGUGCUUUGUGGGUUCAGUGUUUAAGUCCUGAAGACCAAAAUAAACAAAUAAAUGAGUUCAAACAGG